GGGGAGCCAACCUCCUCCGGUCACGUGGGAGGACUAGCGCAAGGCGAUUUGCCGUGGGAAUUUGGAGGUGGAGCACAGGACCCAGAGAGGUUCCGUGCCUGUUGUCGGGCCGCUUGUUUGGCUGCUGCCGUCACCUCAUGGCGACGCGGGUAGAGGAGGCAGCGCGGGGAAGAGGCGGCGGCGCAGAGGAGGCUGUAGAGGCCGGACGGGGCGGACGGCGACGCAGCCCACGGCAGAAGUGUGAGAUGGGCACCAUGGAAGAAGCUGGAAUUUGUGGGCUAGGGGUGAAAGCAGAUGUGCUGUGUAAUGCCCAGGCAAAUGAUGUUCUCCAGCAUCAAGACUCCAGUUGUGGUGGCACAAGUAACAAGCAUUCAUUGGAAGAAGAUGAAGGUAGUGACUUUAUCACCAAGAAUAGGAAUUUAGUGAGCCCAGCAUAUCGCGCAAAGGAGGCAAGAGAGACAAUUCCUGGGCGGGAGGCUCGGACUGACCCCCCUGAUGGUCAGCAGGACUCAGAGUGCAGCAGGAACAAAGAGAAGACCUUAGGAAAAGAAGUUUUAUUACUGAUGCAAGCCCUAAACACCCUUUCAACCCCAGAGGAGAAGCUGGCAGCUCUCUGUAAGAAGUAUGCUGAUCUUCUGGAGGAGAGCAGGAAUGUUCAGAAGCAAAUGAAGAUUUUGCAGAAGAAGCAAGCCCAGAUAGUGAAAGAGAAAGUUCACUUACAAAGUGAGCACAGCAAGGCUAUUUUGGCGAGAAGCAAACUGGAGUCUUUAUGCAGGGAGCUUCAGCGUCACAAUAAGACCUUAAAGGAGGAAAAUAUGCAGCAGGCACGGGAGGAGGAAGAACGGCGUAAGGAGGCAACAGCACAUUUCCAGAUGACUUUAAAUGAGAUCCAGGCCCAGCUGGAGCAGCACGACAUCCAUAACACCAAGCUCCGCCAGGAGAACCUGGAGCUGGGGGAGAAGCUGAAGAAACUCAUUGAGCAGUAUGCGCUGAGGGAAGAGCACAUUGACAAAGUAUUCAAGCAUAAGGAAUUGCAGCAACAGCUGGUGGAUGCCAAACUUCAGCAGACGACACAGCUGAUAAAAGAAGCCGAUGAGAAGCACCAGAGAGAGCGAGAGUUUAAUUUUUGUGUUUUCCAGUUACUAAAAGAAGCAACAGAAUCGAGGCACAAAUACGAACAAAUGAAACAGCAAGAAGUACAGCUAAAACAGCAGCUUUCUCUUUACAUGGAUAAGUUUGAAGAAUUCCAGACCACUAUGGCAAAAAGCAAUGAAUUGUUUACAACCUUCAGGCAGGAAAUGGAAAAGAUGACAAAGAAAAUUAAAAAGCUGGAAAAAGAAACAAUAAUAUGGCGCACCAAGUGGGAAAACAAUAAUAAGGCGCUUCUGCAAAUGGCCGAAGAGAAAACUGUACGUGAUAAAGAGUACAAGGCCUUUCAGAUAAAACUGGAACGCUUAGAGAAGCUGUGCAGGGCUCUUCAGACAGAGAGAAAUGAGCUCAACGAGAAGGUAGAAGUCCUGAAAGAGCAGGUCUCUGUCAAAAUGGCAGAUGGGGACUUGGUGGCACCCACGCUGCAGCAGAGCACCACUCCAGAUGCUCACAAGGAGCUGAACACUUCCUUGAGAGGAGCCCCCAGCGCGCAGUUGCAGGCAGGGGUGGCAGGUGCACUACACAAGCCCCAGGGCCCUACUCCUGGCCUUGGAGCCCCUGGCAUCGAGUCUGUUGACUAAGGUGAAGUGUGAUCACUGCGCGGUUGAGAGAUCUAUUUUGUGUAUAACUUUCUCUGUUAGUAGUAACUAUUGGUUUUGUGGUGAAAAUUUUCUUACUUUUUCUACCAUAUCUGUAUUUUCCUAGAACUACUGGAUUUAUGUGGUACAGGAGGCUGCUUAGCAGUUUUGAAUAGUUUUAUUCUAUAAAUUCCUGUCAGCUAUGUUGCACAUCUGCCUCAGUUUCCCCAUCAUUGGAAUGCAUGUAUUCACUGCCUUGCCCUUUUCUCCUUCCUGCUCCUUGCAUAUAAUUUUCCUAAGUAAUUUCAUUCAAGACAGGGCUGACCAUUCUGAGGGAACUCUGUUGUGAAAACAAUUAAAAACAUUUUUUGCCCCCCAUUAAUAUUAUUUAAAAAUAUACCAAGAUGAUCAGUUUUGUCUAAUGCCAUGUUAAAAAAAAAACAAAACUAGUGUUGGGUCAGAAACAAGCAUAGCACAUUUGAUUCAAACGAGGUUUUUGUAUCACUUCACAAAACAAGUUGGCCACAAGCCUUAACCUCCUGGUUUUGGCAGAACAUGUACAUAGUGUCAUUUGUGAACAAAGCAGCAUGAGGCAAGGCAUUGGACAGGACACUAGGCUUGGUGCACACACAACUCCAGGUAGCCAGCUGCUUUGGCUCCAGGCUAGAACCCGGUGUGCAGCUCGGCUCAGCUCCAUGUGGUGCUGGGGUGUGUCGUUCUCUAAUGGCAUGGGAAGCCCAGUUUGUGGCGGCUCCUCGGGGUUAAGACAGCUAGGGCAAACUCUGCUGUGUCUUUCACUGGGCAGAAAUUCCUGCCACUUUCUGGCUACCUGAAUGUUGAUGUUCAUUUUCACAAGUCCAACCAGGAAAGUACUCAAGGGUUUGCUUUUCGUUUUCUCAAAAAGGGAAUUUAGAGAUUAGCACUAAGUGACAAGUGAUUCCAGAGGAGAAACACUGGAACCAGAAUUUUUACCUGGGAAAACUUGGCAGAAUGUCACAUAGUCAGGACCUGUAACUUGGCCUUCAAGUCUGCUUUUCCUCUCAUUGCUUUUUUUUUCAAAGAAAUAAAAACCAGUAUUAUUAUGGUCUCUAUGCUUGGAAGGAGGGCAAUUUUAGAAUUAAGCACAUAACUUGAAUUGGUUCUUGAACUUCCCUUUGUUUGCUUCAAUGUUGGCUAUGGCUCAGUUAUGCACAGGAAGCCUGGUGUAAGUGCAUUGGAAUACUUUAUGAAAUAAAGGGUUCUGCUGGGGCUGACAUUAGCACAUUCCACUGAGAACUAUCAAACUGACACCUGUUAAACUGCUUACUGGACUGAAUAAACUCCAUUUUGUCCAGUUAAAAUAGUUUUCUUUUUGUUAAAAGUUUUAGUUGUAAAGUCUUGUCACAUCCUGGUCUAACCUGGGUUGAAAAACUUGAAAAUUGUCUAACAGAUGGGAAAUAGUGCCUGGAGUUUGUGUAUCUGUACUUUCCACCAUCAGGCCUGUUAAUCAAGGGGCUGGCCAGUAGAGAAGCAAUCCAGAGUACAACAGGUUAUCUGAUCACCCUGUCACUAUAAGCUGGAAGCCCAAUAAUCUGCUCCCCAGCAGUCUAUUAUAAAUACCCUACUCCCCCUUGAGCUACUUGCUGGAACCCUGGAUUGCCUCCUGGGGUGAGGGAUGAACCUAUCUAUCAUUAAACAUAAUCUACCUUAAAAUCAGUACUAAUGAUCACAUUCCACACAACUCUGCUGGAUGUAUUUUGCUCUUAACAUUUUACCAAGCCAUGUGUGUUGGUCACCAUACUCCUUUGUGGUGCCUGUCCUGUGUGGAAGACUGUAAAUCUUGGACCUAUUGCAUUUUUAAAGGGCUUUAUAAAGCAAUGUGAUUAACAGUACUUGGCCUGCUGCUUUUGGCUUACGUGUAUUUUUAGCUAGAUGCUACCAUGGUGUUUAAUGGAUAUGGAUUCUGUCUGGAACACAUUCAGAAUCUAUUACCCUGUGAUUAGACUCAAAUGGGACCCCUCAAGGACACUCCUCCUCUGAAGUGAUCGCCCCAGCAGCCCAGUGUUGUGGCUUUGUAGCAUGCUGUAUCUCCUGUGUUCUAGAACACUGUAACACUAGGCCAGCCCAGAAAGGUCGAUGCUCGCCAUCAUGCCAAUUGCCUUUGGCGCACCAUCUCCACAUGUGUUAUUUGGUGUAGGAGAACUUGGGUCCUGGGUAAUGGACCAUUUCACCUUGAACUGUAGGAGUACAUUUCUUGGUCUCGAGAUCAGUAUGUUUUAGUUAUGUAUGCAACUGCCUUUAUCACACCUGGUUAUCACAAUUCAAUGCUCAGGUGUUGCAGAAAAAUCUACCUCUUUCAGACUGUAGAUGGAAAUAACUGUGAAAAAAUGAUGCAGAUAUCUCUAGUUUGUGCUAAACACACUGCUUUAUUUUUACAGCCCACGUCUUUCAUGAGGAUAUCAAUUGUUAAGAGGCAGUCUUGUUUUUGCUUUUCAAAGACAUUUUGUAGAUUUUUCACUAAUGUGAAUUGAUUUUAUCUACUCGAUUCUGUAUAGAUUAAGUAAAUAUGUAUGAUAAAUUUAA